UUGAAGUUUUCCUUCGAGUCUGGUUGAGUUAAUGCAGCAUAAUAUCCUAAGUAUAGGCUUGAACAAGAGAGGCCUGUAAAACAUGCACAAACACUACGCUGAUACGACGCUCACGAACAUUUCCUGCAGCAUCUCAUAAUCCAGACCAAACUCACUCGGAAAGUGGAUACGUUUUUCCCGCUUGCUCUACGAGACCUCACCAUUUACAAUUAUUUUCAGCCAAACAGGAAAUCAGUUCCAGAUCUACCCAGCCUACCAUGUCUGAACCAGGUUCUGGUUGUGGUGUUCCAGCCCAGAGAAGCUCACAGCAGGGUCCAGAGUUGCUGUCAGUGAAGCUGGGGGACUGCAGUCAAACAGUGGAACUCAAUGUGAUUGUCAAGGAGGAGGGCGAGGAGAGAGAAAUCAAUGAGCGGGAGGAGGAAGAGAGAGAGGAGGACAGGGCCUCUGUUGACUCAGGAGAGAUCCCCAACCCAGACUCAGUCAAGGAGCCCAAUUCCACAGCAUCAGGACUAUCUGGUUGUGGGAAUUACCCCUGUCCUCAAUGUGGGAAGUGUUUCAGUCGAGCAGGAGACCUGAAGACUCAUCAGAGAUCCCACAGUGGAGAGAAGCCUAACUGUACAUUAAAUGUGAUUGUCAAAGAGGAGGACGGUGACUGUACUCUUAAUGUGAUUGUCAAAGAGGAGGAGGAUGAGAAGGAAAAGAGAGGAGUUGAGGAAGAGAAGGAAACUAGUGGUAUAGUUGACCCAGAUACAUCACGACUUCGUGGUCGUUACCCUUGUCCUCAAUGUGGAAAGAGUUUCAGUUCCUCAGGUAAUCUAAAGAAUCAUCAAAGAGUUCACAAUGGAGAGAAACCUUACCACUGCUCUCAAUGUGGAAAGGGUUUCAGUCGAGCAGGAGACCUGAAGACUCAUCAGAGAUCCCACAGUGGAGAGAAGCCUCACCACUGCUCUCUUUGUGGGAAGUGUUUCAGUCGAGCAGGAGACCUGAAGACUCAUCAGAGAUCGCACAGUGGAGAGAAGUCUGCCAGUACUUUCAAUGUGAUUGUCAAAGAGGAGGAGGAUGAAAAGGAAAUCGAUGAGACGGUAAAGAGAGAAGUUAAGGAAGAGCAGGAACCUAGUGGUGUAGUUGACCCAGAUACAUCAAGACUAUCUGGUCGUGGUCGAUUCCCCUGUCAUCAGUGUGGGAAGAGUUUCCGUUCCUCAGGUAAACUAAAGAAUCAUCAAAGAGUACACACUCGAGAGAAACCAUUUCACUGUGCCACAUGUGGGAAGAGUUUCCGUGAAAAAUUCAACCUCACGAGACACGAGAAGGUACAUAGUGGGGAGAAGCCAUAUCACUGCACCCAGUGUGGGAAAAGCUUCAAUCGUUCUGGAAGUCUUAAGGAACAUCAAAGAGUACAUACAGGGGAGAAGCCUUACCACUGCUCUCUUUGUCAGAAGAGUUUUAGUCAGCCAGGAAACCUUAAGAAACAUCAGAGAAUACAUACAGGGGAGAAGCCUUACCGUUGCUCUCUGUGUGGAAAUAGUUUUUGUUUUGCUGGAAACCUAAAGAAUCAUCAGAGAUCACACUGUGGAGAGAAGCCUUACCGCUGCUCUCAGUGUGGGGAGGGAUUCCCUCAACUAAAAAGUCUUAAAAGCCAUCAGAAAAUACAUAUUGGAGAGACGUCUCCCUCUACUUUCAAUGUGAUUGUCAAAGAGGAGGAUGGUGACUGUACUUUCAAUGUGAUUGUCAAAGAAGAGGAGGAUGGGAAGAAAAUUAGAGAAGUUGAAGAGGACGACAACAACAGUGGUGUAGUUGACCCAGAUACAUCAAGAUUGCCUGAUCGGGGUCGUUACCCCUGUCCUCAAUGUGGAAAGAUUUUCAGUUCCUCAAGUAAUCUUAAGAAUCAUCAAAGAGUACACACUGGAGAGAAACCUUUCCUCUGCUCCCAAUGUGGGAAGAGUUUCAGUGAGAAAGUAAACCUUAAGAGACACGAAAGAGUACAUAGUGGAGAGAAGCCUUACCACUGCACCACAUGUGGGAAGAGCUUCAAUCAUUCAGGAAGCCUUAGAGAUCACCAGAGAAUUCAUACAGGGGAGAAACCUUACCACUGCUCACUUUGCGGAAAUAAUUUCCGUUUCGCAGGAGACCUAAAGAAUCAUCAGAGAUCACACAGUGGAGAGAAGCCUUACCAAUGUUCUCGGUGUGGAGAGGGAUUCACUCAGCUAAGAAGUCUAAGAAGUCAUGAGAGAAUAUCCAUUGGAGGGAAGCCUGCCUGUGCUUUCAAUGUGAUUGUCCAAGAAGAGAAAGAAGUUGAGGGAGAGGAGAGUGAUGUGAAAUAAACGUGAAGUGAGGAUACAUAAGCUAACUAUAGGUAUUGAUAUUCACACCUAUCCUUGCAAUGGUGUCAUGGACUGCACCAUUUAGGGCUAUCUUCAUCUUCUUUUACUUCUGAGUGAAUUGGAAGUUCACAAAUGAACUCAACUUGAAUACCACCACCACCUAAUGUGCUGGAGAGUGUAUAAAUCUGACCUUUAUUUUGACAGGGAGUCAAUACUGAGACCGAGGUCUCUUUUCCAGAUGAGGCCUGUAUAGCACCACAAUACACAUUAAACUACCAAUUCAUAUACACAUUAAUACACAAUAAACACAUUCAACUACCCAUUCAUAAACAGAAUAUACACAGUGUUAUACACAACAUGACACAAAGAAAAACAGACAUUCUUUAGCAACAAGGUCCCAUAACAACUGUCUGAAAUGCCCUAGAGGCACCAAUUCCUCCAAUUUUAAAAUGCAUUGUAGAUUAUUCGACACACGCAAGGCACAAGGAAUCCAAAUGCUGAUCUACCGAACUCUGUAGACACCAAUGGAGUCUCUAGAGUUAACCAACACCAAUGGAGUCUCUAGAGUUAACCAAGCCCAAUGGAGUCUCUAGAGUUAACCAAGCCCAAUGGAGUCUCCAGAGUUAACCAACCCCGAUGGAGUCUCUAAAGUUAACCAACCCCGUGACCAGGUUUGAGUUUUAAACAUCAGUAAGGGGUUUCCUGCACAACUGUAAAAUCAGACUGUAGCCUUGUCACAGCCAGGUCAGCAGUCGGGGUAAUUCCGUAACGUAAUAGUAUCAUACGUAUUUAGAUGAGAUCGAGACAAGAUCGUUAACAACUAUAGUGGUUGCUGUAGUAAUGCUAUUCCCAGGCCUAAAGCCUUUACAUGAGAUCGAUAUACUGAACAAUACGUUUUCCAUUCAAACACAAAAAAACGUAUUUUGUGCACAAAUUUGUUUACGUCCUUGUUAUUGAGCAUUUUUUUAUUUUGUGAAGAUAAUCCAUCCACAUGACAGGUGUGUCAUAUCCAGAAGCUGAUUAAAUAGCAUGAUCAUUACAGCGUGAACACUGACAAACUGAUGUCCCAGCCUUAUUAGUCUAGUCAUGGUAAAAACAUGACGUCUGGCCUCCCGAGUGUCACAGCGGUCUAAGGCACUACUGUCUUUCUUUUGAAUGCACAGAUGACACAAUAAACAACCAUAUCUAACUUUAACUACCACAGUAUCAUGUUAAAGGGCAAUUUCACAAUUACAUAGUCAUAAUCUCAAGCACCACCCCCAACAUCAACAUUUGUGAAAAUGGCACAUUUUUAUGUUUUGCAGUGAAAUAUAUAGAGGAAUAUGUGUUUCCAAUGACAUCAGUGUGAUUUUAACCAAUUAUCAGGAGGCAUUGUUUACUAAUUACCUACUAAUUGGUUGAUGACGUCAUCAACCAAUGUUGAUGUUGGGGUGGUGCUUGAGAUGAUGAAUGUAGUAUGUUUUUUUUUAAUACAUUAUUUCCUGUUAAAGCAACGUAUGUACACGACUAACAUGUAAAACAGUAGCAUAGUCUAUAGAGGCCUGUAUACUAGGGGCUGAGUCUAUAGAGGCCUGUAUACUAGGGGCUGAGUCUAUAGAGGCCUGUAUACUGGGGGCUGAGUCUAUAUAUAGUAUAUACUGGGGGCUGAGUCUAUAUAUAGUAUAUACUAGGGGCUGAGUCUAUAUAUAGUGUAUACUAGGGGCUGAGUCUAUAGAGGCCUGUAUACUGGGGGCUGAGUCUAUAGAGGCCUGUAUACUGGGGGCUGAGUCUAUAGAGGCCUGUAUACUGGGGGCUGAGUCUAUAGAGGCCUGUAUACUGGGGGCUGAGUCUAUAGAGGCCUGUAUACUGGGGGCUGAGUCUAUAUAUAGUAUAUACUGGGGGCUGAGUCUAUAUAUAGUAUAUACUAGGGGCUGAGUCUAUAUAUAGUGUAUACUAGGGGCUGAGUCUAUAUAUAGUGUAUACUAGGGGCUGAGUCUAUAGAGGCCUGUAUACUGGGACUGAGUCUAUAUAUAGUAUAUACUGGGGGCUGAGUCUAUAUAUAGUAUAUACUGGGGGCUGAGUCUAUAUAUAGUGUAUACUAGGGGCUGAGUCUAUAUAUAGUGUAUACUAGGGGCUGAGUCUAUAGAGGCCUGUAUACUGGGACUGAGUCUAUAUAUAGUAUAUACUGGGGGCUGAGUCUAUAUAUAGUAUAUACUGGGGGCUGAGUCUAUAUAUAGUAUAUACUGGGGGCUGAGUCUAUAUAUAGUAUAUACUGGGGGCUGAGUCUAUAUAUAGUAUAUACUGGGGCUGAGUCUAUAUGUAGUAUAUACUGGGGCUGAGUCUAUAUGUAGUAUAUACUGGGGGCUGAGUCUAUAUGUAGUAUAUACUGGGGGCUGAGUCUAUAUGUAGUAUAUACUGGGGGCUGAGUCUAUAUGUAGUAUAUACUGGGGGCUGAGUCUAUAUGUAGUAUAUACUGGGGCUCAAUGUCCCAAAUGGUGCGCUAUUCACCCUGUAGUGCAUUACUUUCGACCAUGAGCCCUAUUCUGUAGUGCACUACAUUUGACUAUGGGCCCUAUUCUGUAGUGCACUACUUUCGACCAUGGGCCCUAUUAUGUAGUGCACUGCAUUUGUCCAUGGGCCCUAUGGGCUAUUCUAUUGAAAACAAAAUAAGUCCAUAGACUCAAGUAGAAUUCAGUUGUAGAUAUUUUUUAUACCUGAUUAAACUCAGUAGAAGGGCUGGUUUGUAUUGACAUAAAAUAUAUUGUUAUGUCAUGAUCUGGAUGGAACCGGUGUUUUUUAGAAUAUUGUUCUGUUCCGGAACAGUAUAGAUCCCUUUCGUUGUCAGUUCUGGUUCUGUUGCUUGAAAUUCCGUUUUUCUUUUCUGUUCCCUGAACUGGUUCCAACUCCUGGUUUAGAAUAUUGUAAAGUAUCCAUUAAUUAAAUAAUAAAUGCUAACAAACUGUAAUCUUCUUCUUCAUUAAAGGUGGAUGAUGUUGGUAGAUUGUCUUUAUCCAUGAAAAGUCAGUAUUGUAUCAUGGUGAUGAUAAAUCACAAGAAUAAAAGAUGCCAGACACUCA